ACGGCAUCGGUACCGCAGCUCCUCCUGAACCUGGGUGGAGGACCUGAUCACUGCAGCAGCCGAGGAGCUCUGCAGCGCUGCCGUCAGGACCUACACAUGAUCCUGGAAGCUUCUGAGCACCACAGCUCAUCUCAGAUCUUCACCUGAUGUUUGAGAGGAUCUAGACGGGGGUGUUGAACGUACCCAACCCUUCCCUCGUAAGAUCUUCCUGAAUAAGACCUUCUCAUCAUGACGGUGGCCACGGGCGACCCGAUGGACGAAGCGGCGGCUCAUCCGGGGCAACCUCAGGACACCUACGACCCCGAGGCUGACCAUGAGUACUGCGAGCGCGUCGUCAUCAACAUCUCGGGUCUGCGAUUUGAGACGCAGCUCAAGACCCUGUCGCAGUUCCCCGACACGUUACUCGGGGAUCCCAAGAAACGGAUGCGCUACUUCGACCCCCUGCGGAACGAGUACUUCUUCGACCGGAACCGACCCAGCUUCGACGCCAUUCUGUAUUAUUACCAGUCAGGCGGGCGACUGCGGCGGCCCGUGAACGUGACCCUGGACAUCUUCUCCGAGGAGAUACGGUUUUACGAGCUGGGCGAAGAGGCCAUUGAGAUUUUUCGGGAGGAUGAAGGAUUCAUCAAAGAGGAAGAGAAACUUUUACCUGAGAAUGAGUUCCAGAGGCAGGUCUGGUUGCUCUUCGAGUAUCCCGAGAGCUCCGGCCCCGCCCGGAUCAUUGCCAUCAUCUCAGUGAAGGUCAUCCUGAUUUCCAUCGUCAGCUUCUGCCUGGAAACGCUUCCCAUUUUCCGUAGCGAUGACAUGGAGAACCACAAAGUCUACAACAGCGAGAACAACUCCACCAUGCGCUACAAGUCCACCUACUUCACCGAUCCCUUCUUUAUCCUGGAGACGCUGUGCAUCAUCUGGUUCUCCUUCGAGUUCCUGGUCCGGUUCUUCGCCUGCCCAAGCAAAGCGGGAUUCUUCGUGAACAUCAUGAACAUCAUCGAUAUCGUCGCCAUCAUUCCAUAUUUUAUAACACUGGGGACGGAACUGGCCGAGAGUCCGGAAGACGGUCAGCAAGGUCAGCAGGCCAUGAGCUUAGCGAUUCUCAGAGUCAUCAGACUCGUUCGUGUUUUCCGGAUCUUCAAGCUGUCUCGCCACUCCAAAGGUCUUCAGAUUUUAGGACAGACCCUGAAGGCGAGUAUGAGAGAACUCGGGUUGCUCAUCUUCUUCCUGUUUAUCGGAGUUAUCCUCUUUUCCAGCGCCGUCUACUUCGCAGAAGCGGAUGAACCGGACUCACAGUUCGUUAGCAUCCCAGACGCUUUCUGGUGGGCCGUGGUGUCCAUGACCACAGUCGGAUACGGAGACAUGGUUCCCACCACCAUCGGCGGUAAAAUCGUCGGCUCGUUGUGCGCCAUCGCCGGCGUCCUGACCAUCGCUCUGCCCGUGCCGGUCAUCGUCUCAAACUUCAACUACUUCUACCACAGAGAGACGGAGGGUGAGGAGCAGGCGCAGUACCUCAACGUGACCAGCGUUCCUAAGAUAGACUCAGAGGAACUCAAGAAGAGCCAGAGCAUCUCCACCAUGAGCAAGUCCGACUACAUGGAGAUUCAGGAGGCCGUCAAUAACAGCAACGAGGAUUUCCGCGAGGAGAACCUUAAAACGGGCAACUGCACCCUCGCCAACACCAACUACGUCAACAUUACCAAGAUGCUCACCGAUGUAUAGCUGGACUUCUGGGAUGGAUUGACCAGCUUGUUCUAGUUUAAUGUACCACAGAAGAACCCAGGUGCACCAAGGACCGUCUGAAUGUCUCUGACUGUAUUCCAGGAGUGACUUUGAAGAACUCUAAGGUACCAGCGCCCUUCACCAUUACCUUAAUCCUUUAUGCACCAUUUACGCCACCAUGUACCCCUGCUUGUAGCCCAAAUUGUAGCCAAACCGCUAUGAAUCGUAGCACAAGGGACCAUCAUUAAACUGCCAGCUCCAAGAGGACGCCCCUCUCGACCCACAGGGGGUGAAGAGCUACACCACGGCCACGCACAAGCUAACGAGUGACCGUACGCAAGCGACUGCCAGCCACUAUAUCAUUCCAUAUAUAACACUAAUGCUAACGUUACAUUCCUGUCUGUGAUUGUGGACCCAAAAUAGCGUGAUCAGUUCCUAAAGUCCAAGUCUGCCACCAAGUCCGGGCACGACGACUUCUGCCCAGUGCCAGCAUCACUUCAU